ACAGAGAGAUUUGCGCGGCCUCGUUUGAAUACCGGCUGGAGCCGGUAUGUAGCUGCCAGAACAGGCCGGGUAGUAGCGAUGGUUUAAGAUACUAAGAUGCUGCCGCCGCAUUUGGAGCGUUUCUCAUACCAGCAAAGAUCCACGGACUCUCAUCAAAUGUGCAUUUCUUAGCCACGUUGUUGGAAUGACAUGUUUUAAAGCCAUGAGGGGGCCCAAUUCCUGGGGUUUCCUGGGUCCAAACGUUUACCCAGCGGUGCCCGAUGGUGGCUGGGGCUGGGCUGUAGCUGUCGCCUUCUUUCUGGUGGAGAUUUGCACUUAUGGGACCCUCAAGAGCCUUGGCGUGUUUCUACAUGAUUUGAUGGAAGAAUUUGGGGAGAGUAACAGCCGGGUGUCAUGGGUCAUCUCCAUCUGUGUCUUCAUCUUCACCUUUACUGCCCCCCUGUCCACCAUGUUCAGCAACCGCUUUGGCCAUCGUCCUGUUGUAAUGAUGGGGGGCUUCCUCAUAAGUCUGGGAACCAUCAGCUCUGCCUUCAGCAAUUCCAUCAAGGAGAUGUACAUCACCAUUGGCAUUGUCUCAGGCCUAGGCUACUGCCUCACCUUCCUCCCCACCCUAACAAUUCUGGCCCAGUACUUCUCCAGGCGGCGAGCCCUCGUCACCUCUGUUGCAUCCUCAGGGGAAUCUUUUGCUGUGUUUGCAUUUGCUCCAGCCUUCACCCUGCUGAAGGAGCACAUUGGCUGGCGCUACUGUCUCGUUGUCCUUGGGAUUUUUCAGGCAUCUGUUAUUUUCUGUGGCCUUGUUCUCCGUCCAAUCAUCAUCAAGCCCGUAAAAGAAGGCAGUCAACUGGAAGAGUCACUCUCUUUGAAAGAAUUGCACGCUGUGUAUGAGCUGGACAACGAACAAACCAGGACCUCCAUCAGUUCAGGAGUGUCCCGAGGCUCAGAGGACUCUGGCGUCACGUCCCUCUCUGCCUCAAAUGUGGACUUGAGGAUUGCAGGCGCCGAAAUCAAGGCAGAAUGGGAGAUGCAAGAUAAAGAGGGCCAGGAGUCGUCAUUUGUCACACCCGUCUCUCCACUCAAAGCUGAGGCCAAGCCAGAACACGUGGCCGAUCCUCCUGGACCCACCAUAGCGAAACUUCUGGACUUCUCUGUCCUGAAAGAUGGUGCCUUCAUCUGCUAUUCCCUCUUUGGCUUGUUCGCCACACUGGGCUUUUUUGCCCCACAGCUCUACAUUAUCCAGCUGAGUAAAAGCCAUGGUGUGGAGCCCAGCAUGGCUUCUUACAUGCUCUCUGUGAUGGCGGUGGCAGAGAUCUUUGGUCGUCUGUCCAUCGGGGUGGUCCUGAACAAAGUCAGCUGCAGAAAGAUACUGGUGUUGUUGUGGUGUGUUGUUUUUUUGUGCCUGGUACUGGUGGCUUUCACAGUUGUAUGGGACUUCUGGGGCCUGGUGGUUUGCUCUGCCCUCUAUGGUUACUUCCUGGGCACGGUGUGCUCCACACACAUUCCCAUGCUGGCAGAGGAGGAUGUGGUGGGCAUCCAAAAAAUGGCAUCAUCUGUGGGAGUAUAUAUCUUUAUUCAGAGCAUCGCUGGGCUUGCCGGACCGCCGCUAGGAGGUGUGCUGGUAGACAUCACAGAUAACUACGGUGCUGCCUUCUACUCCUGUGCUGUCGGGAUGGGUCUCGGUGCAAUCUUCCUUGCUCUAGUAGGUCCUGCCAAGUCUGGCAUGUGCCAAAGACAGAAAGGUGGGGUUGUGCAGGAACAGGAGAUCAGGGCCCAGGACAUUGACCAGCCUGACUUUUUGGAGGUGGACAUGGCAGUGGAGGACAGCCCCAUUAGGCAGGCUUUGAAUCCAGACAGCACUUGUGAAAUAUGAGCCAAACCUAACACCACCCCAGAAGAUUGUCCACAGAGCAAUUGCAACCCCAACACCCUGCAAGAGCACCAACACACUGCUGCUACGUUCCUAUCUCAGGUCUCAUGCUGAUAAGCUUGAAGUUCCUCCUCAUGGAGACCAAAGACAGCCAUGCUGAGAACAUCUUGGCCCUAUCCUGAUACACCUCCACAUCAUCUUAAUUUCACCAAGCAAGAAAUGAUUGGUAUUCCAGCAGGACCAUCUCAGGAAAGAUGUGUUUGAAGCUGUGCUAGCUGCAACAUCACUGCUACAUGUCAGUGACAAGCCAGCCUUAAAUGUUCAGAAGAGGAAUGGCUUGCAGAGGAUUUGAGAGAGCUCCAUGCAUAUAAUGCAAUGAGAAAAUAUCUAGCCUAUCUAUGCACAAAGCCAAUCUACUCUAUUAAAUGUAAAGUUUACCACCAGUUCUAGUCUUGGCUUGUGUCACAUGAUCCUGAAGGCAGGGACACUUUGCAACAUUUUGUACAAGCCUUAAAAACUUGAUUAUGUUACAAAAAAACAUGGCUUUUCUCUCCUUAAUCUUGGUAUUUGGAUCAAUAGCAUUCAGUUGAAAGGAGCACUCUGCAAUUGAUAAACAUGAAGGUUUACAGUCAUGGAAUGCCAUGUUUUAACUAGAGAUGUGAUAUGGAUCUAGAUAGCUAUUCUGUGACAAAGUGUGAAGCAAGAGUCUGUAGUUGGUUCUUAAAUACUCAACUUGAAACCCCCCACCCCAUAGUCACUGUUUACCUUUAUUUCAACUUUUUAUUCAACAUUUCUUUUUCAUGACAGUUUUCAAACAUUCCUAAGUGGCGUAUUGAUUUGAUUGUGCUUUUUUUUUCAAUUAAAUUUGGCACAAAUACAGAA